AUGACUCUCUGUAAGGAUUGGAUUUCCAUUAAAGAUUACAUUGGUGAUCCAACAUAUGCCGAGGGAGUUAAUAAUUUUUUAGACUAUGCUUUUCAAAAGUUGAAAACUGAGACAAUUCGUUGUCCUUGUACCAAAUGUAUGAAUGGAGAAUCCGGUGAUCGUGAGAAAGUAAGGGAACAUCUACUUGUUUUUGGAAUAAUCAAAAGAUACACCUUCUGGUAUCAUCAUGGGGAGGGGUUGGAUGAGUCAGAAAUCGUGUCUGACGAGGAUCAUGAUGAGGGAGAAGACCAUGAUGAAAUUUUUGAUAUUCUAAGGGAUUUAUAUCCUGCGUUCAAUGAUGUUAGUCCCUCUGUUGAUGUCAAUGAUGUCGAGGAGCCAAAUGCCGACGUUAAAAGUUUUUAUAACCUAUUGAAGGAUUCACAAGAUCCGGUCUAUGAAGGUGCUAAGAGUUCUACAAUGUCUGCAAUCUUGGAGCUUCUUCAUAUUAAGACUCUUGGUCGUUGGACCAAUGAGUCUUUUAGCAUGCUUCUCAAAUUUUUGAAGAAUCGGCUUUUACCUACAGGGUCAACUUUACCAGAUUCUUACAAAGAGUCAAAAAAGUUCAUGAGAAACCUCGGACUUUCCUAUGAAAAGAUCGAUGCAUGUGUUAAUGAUUGCAUGUUAUAUUGGAAGGAGAAUGAGAAGCUAGAUGCAUGCAAUAUUUGCGGUGCAUCGAGAUGGAAAACAAACAAACACAGUGGGGAAGACAAGUGUAAGUCAAAUGGUAAAAAAAUACCUCACAAGAUAUUACGCUACUUCCCACUAAAACCGAGGCUUCAAAGAUUAUUCAUGUGUUCAAAGACUGCUUCUUUGAUGAGGUGGCAUGAUGGUAAAAAGAAGAAAGAUGGUACGAUGCGACAUCCUGUUGAUGGAGCCGCGUGGGAGUCAUUUGACAAGGAGUUUCCCGAGUUUGCAUCAGAUCCUAGAAAUGUUAGGUUGGGGCUUGCCAGUGAUGGUUUCCAACCCUUUGCAAACUCGAAAACACCUUAUAGUAUUUGGCCUGUAGUACUUAUGCCAUAUAACUUACCUCCAGAUCUUUGUAUGAAGCAGUCUAAUAUACUUCUUUCGAUGCUUAUUCCUGGUCCUAAAGGACCCGGUGAUGCAAUUGACAUAUAUUUGCAACCAUUGAUCGAGGAAUUAAAAGAUCUAUGGGACACUGGUGUCGAGACCUUCGAUGCAGCAACUCAACAUCAUUUUAAUUUACGUGCAGCACUGAUGUGGACAAUUAAUGAUUUUCCAGCAUAUGCCAUGUUGUCAGGAUGGAGUACUAAGGGUUAUUUGGCAUGCCCUCGUUGCCUUAAGGAUACACGAUCAAUGAGACUAUCUCAUGGGGGCAAAGAAUGCUACAUGGAGCAUAGAUGUUAUUUGCCAAAGAACCAUAGAUGGCGGAAGGAUAAGGAUUCAUUUGACGGAAAAGUUGAGCAUGGUCUACCUCCUGAACCUUGUUCAAUUGAUGAAAUUCUUCGUCAACUCGAGGAUCUCGAGAACAUUGUUUUGUCCAAGGAUCCACAUGUGAAGACAAAAAUAAAUCAUGAGCUUAGGGGUGAUAAUUGGAAUAAGAAAAGUAUUUUCGAAACAUUUGUUACGGCACAAUUUAGAUGUGAUGCAUAUUGA